CUUCCUACCGCCUCCUCUCUCUCUCUCUCUCCCUCCCAUCCACCCUCCCUCGCCCCUUUUCGAUCGCCGAUUUUCGGAUCCGUCGAGGUGCGUGCGGGCACGCCGCGUUCGAUCUCGUGAAUGUGCGCGAUCAGGAAGCCGGUCGUCCGCAGGGAAACAUGCGUGAGCAGAGCUGGAGGACAACGACUGCGACAACGACGAGGAACACGCUGCACGUGACUGCGGCACCCUCGCACGUUCUGCUGCAGUGAGUGGAGAGAAAGGGAGGAAAAAGAGAGUGAUAGAAACACGUCCUUUCUCCUUCCGCUGUUACGUCGGAGCCUGUGCUUAACGGGGAGUAAAAAAGAGUGCCGGUGGUUGGUGCGGUAUACGUGAGUUACCGAGGAUCUUUCUCCUUUUUUUCUCGUGAUCCACGGAGGAGGCUACGAAUCCUGGCACGUUUUCGGUGCCGUUCGAACCACCCGAGAGAAGAUGAGGCGUACCAUCUUGGAAACGAGGAUGCACCCCGUGUUAUCCUGUUGGUGCGUUGUCGCCACUGUCACCCUCGUCCUCGCAGCAUGGCAGGAAAACAUCAGGCCGAAGAUGUACGUCCAACUCGGUGCGGAAGAUGUGUUCAGGUUUACGGGGAACGAGACGCACACAGACUACUUUCGGCUGGUACUCCGGGACGGGAACUAUCUUCUGGUCGGCGGAAGAAAUCUCGUGCACAAUCUGAGCCUGACCGAUUUGACCGAGCAGCAGAGGUUGACUUGGUACUCGACCGACAGUGACGUGAAGAUGUGCCUGGUGAAGGGCACGCCGGAGGAGAAUUGCCAGAACUAUAUUCGCAUUCUCGUCAAGACGGACGCGAACACGUUGCUUGUGUGCGCGACGAACGCGUUCAAGCCGAUGUGCCGUGACUACGGGGUGCACGCCGGCAAUUACACGAUACUGAAGGAGAAGGGUGGCCAGGCGAUGUGCCCCUACGAUCCAAGGCACAACAGCACCUUCGACGUUGACGGGGAGCUUUACACGGGCACGGUGGCCGAUUUCGCGGGGAUGGACCCGAUCAUCUACAGGGAGCCGCUCCAAACCGAGCAGUACGACUCCAAGAGCCUAAACGCGCCAAACUUUGUCAACUCCAUGGCCCAGGGAGACUUCGUCUACUUCUUCUUCCGGGAAACCGCCGUGGAGUACAUCAAUUGCGGCAAGACCGUCUAUUCUCGCGUAGCGAGAGUCUGUAAAUACGAUCGAGGUGGUCCCCAUCGAUACCGCAAUAGGUGGACCUCGUUCCUAAAAUCCCGUCUUAAUUGCUCCGUUACCGGAGACUUUCCUUUCUACUUCAACGAGAUACAAUCGACGACGGAAUUGAUAUCGGGCCAGUACGGCAAUAAGUCGGCGCAGUUGAUAUAUGGGACGUUCACCACCCCGGUGAACAGCAUAAGCGGCUCGGCCGUGUGCGCCUUCUCCUUGCAGGACAUCACGGACACGUUCAAGGGCAAUUUCAAGGAGCAGAGCGCGAUCAACUCGAAUUGGUUGCCGGUGCAGAGCACCAAGGUGCCCGAUCCAAGGCCCGGCCAGUGCGUGAACGAUUCUCGAUCCCUGCCCGAUCUCACCCUCAACUUUAUCCACACCCAUUCCCUGAUGGACGAGCUGGUGCCGAGCUUCUUCGGUCAGCCCAUCGUCAUUCGCACCAGUUUCCAUUACAGGUUCACGCAGAUCGCGGUCGAUCCCCAGGUGAAGACUCCGGGCGGCAAGACGUACGACGUGUUGUUCAUCGGGACGGACAACGGGAAGGUGAUCAAGGCGGUGAACGCCGAGUCGGCGGACACUCACCUGAAGGUGAGCCCCGUGGUGAUCGAGGAGAUCCAGGCGUUCCCCUCGACGGUGCCCGUGCGAGGCAUCAAGGUGGUGAGGGCCUCGCAGGCGGGCGACGGCCUCGAGGACGGCCGACUGGUGGUGAUCGCCGACAGCCAGGUACAGGCGUUGAGGCUGCACCGUUGCUACAGCGACAGGAUAUUGUCGUGCGGCGAGUGCGUGGCCCUGCAGGACCCGUAUUGCGCCUGGGACAAGGUGGAGGGCAAGUGCAGGGCGUUGGUCGGGCCCGCGGCCACCGACGCGAGCAGAUUCCUUCAGAGCGUGGCGACAGGGCUGCACGCCUCCUGCCCGCCCAGCAAAAGUCUGAACAAGGAUGCCGGCAGCGUUGGCGCCAUCUCCGCGAACCAGAAUAAAUUCCCACCCGACUCGAUGAUCCCCAACAAGGAAGGCCAAGGGGGAGAGAUCAUCAAUAUCAUGCAGGACGAGGAGCAGGACAAUUCAGGUCCGGAAGUAUCGGCGGCCGACUCCCCGCCUCCGCAAUACUCGGUGGAGACCCUAGUGAUGGCCGUGGUAGCUGGCGCGUUGGCCGCUCUGUUGGUCGGGUUCGUGGCCGGCUACCUGUGCGGCAGGAAAUGUAGAAAGGACGAGGACGAUAAUCUGCCGUAUCCGGACACGGAGUACGAGUACUUCGAGCAGCGGCAAAACGUGAACAGCAGGCUAGCGCCCGAGCCGAAAUUAUUGCCCCAGGAGGAGGUGACGUACGCGGAGCCGGUGCUGGUCCCGCAGCCGCCGAAGCUCCACUCGCCGAAGGGGACGAUGCGUAAACCGCCGCCGACCCCGACGGAGACGCUAUUCCAGUUCCCGGACGGGUACGGGUUCCGCGGGGCGAGGGACAACUUCGGCACCCUGCGCUCGCACCAGGGCGACGCGUAUCGGCGCAACGACGGGUUCGCGACCACCCGCAGCGUGAAGAAGGUUUAUCUCUGAGAAACGAGCGAGGAGGGAGGUGGCCGCCACCGGAGCUUAGGGCGGCCAGCGCGCAACCGGCACAACGCGACCACGGCGGCAAGGAGUAGUCGCGCUGUGACGUCUGGGGGACAGUCGAACCGCGAGCUCGCGGGGCCGAGGGCGCUCGAGUCGCCCUCGCCACCCUCGAGCGUUUCGUCCAGUUCCCCGUCUCCUCCCUCCUCGUCACCCUCGCCGACCCUCGUACCGAUCGCCAUGAGCGGCGGUGGCUCGCCCCCGCCGCCGACACCGCCCUGCAGCUACA